AAACUACAGUGACCUAGAAGUCCCGAUGACAACCUUGGGGUGAACGUGGUAAUGCCUUUCCGCUAUUUGCAUUUCCUAAUGUACGUGCUAUGUAUUUCGCCAUCACGUAAUACUGAAUCAUAUACCGAAAAAGUGGGCAUAGAAAAAUUAGUGGCCUGCAUCACUAAUUUGUAUUUUGAUGCAGUUCGAAAUGAAGCCUGAUAUAUUACUGCCUUUUUCAUUCUACCGUAAGAACCAGCUUUGUGUAUUUCAAGUUGUUGUCGUAAACUGCAAAUUUCCUGCUGUCAUCGGGGUUUCGUCCUCAGGCAAUGUUGAGAUCUCUGAUGAGAUGUUAUCCAAGUUCGGUCCAGACUUGCCUCGAAGAUUGACCGUUCAACUACCAACCCGAGUGAUUCCAGCCGAGUCAUUGAGACUACAGAUUAUGACUCCGAUGGACCCGGUCCUUUUGCCUCUUUUGGAAAACAGUCUGCAUUACAGGUUGCAGAUGUCACACACCAUGGUUGGAACAAAGCAGACUAUUCGAGCGCUUGGAGAUUACUUCAGUUUGCUAAUCGUCGAGGCCAUUUCAGUAUCUGGAGAAGCGUUUUCCAUUCAAAACACCAGGCAAGCAAUUCUAAAGGAGGAUUAUGACUUUCAUCCACAUCUCAACGACCUAAGUUUUCCCUCUGAGUCAUUCAACAACAGUGAUAAUCUUUGGUCAUGUGAACUUAUUCAGUCACUCACUGAUCAACCUGUUUUUAAAAUUGGUUCUUCUACCAAGUUGAUCUUGGUCCAAGCUGAAGCUCCACUUAAUUUGUCAUUUGGGUUUGGAGGCUCUGAGAUUUCCAAGUUGAUACCAAAAGACAAUUACAUGAAUAGUUACUUGUUUGGUUUGGAUAUGGUUAGAGAUAUGAUUCUUGGCUAUCUCAGAAACUUCCUAUUAACAUGUGUUCAUGGAAAUGAAACCGUUUUUUCUUCCAAUAUAACGCCUGGGAUUAUCCUUUAUGGACUCCCUGGCUGUGGAAAACGUACAUUUCUUGAGGAUAUUGCCAAUGACCAAAUCCACUCAAUUUCAAUAAAUGAGUCCUCGUAUGAAAAGCCAGUAUUCGUUACACUUACAUCUAAAUUGGUCACCGAGUUAACUAAUAAAUCUCAUCAUCAUGGCUAUCGCUGGCUAACGAACAUGGUUGGGCAAUUAGAUGUCAGUAACAGAAACUGUAUUCCUGUAGUUAUUUUAUGGCCUAACAUCGACAAGUGGAUCGAUAACGAUGAAAAUAUAGAUACUAAUACUCAUUCUACAGCUGAUACGGAUGCUGAAUCAAAAAUGAUUCCCAAAAUUUUAGAAAGGUUUAUCGAAUCAAUCCAAUCGGUUAGCCAGAGUUUGGUUCACAGUCAAAAGUCAACAUGUCGAUUUUGCAUCCUAGCAACAGCCACUACGAUUGACAAAGUUUUUAGUGUUCAUGAAUGCAGGGAACUAUUUUAUAGACGUUUGUUAAUAUCACUUCCCGAUGCAAGUAAACGUUAUCAGAUAUUGUAUCAAAAUAUCCAAGCGUGUUUGAGUCAUGGGACUAAUUCCAUGUCUAGUAGUGAAGCUCCUGACGGUUCCAUUGUGAAUAUACAGUCGUGCGAGAUAACAGAUGAAAAUGAAAGUCUUAUUCAGGUUGCGGCUCGACUACAUGGUUAUACGCCCAAGGAUUUGGUUCGCUUGGUUCAUGUCAGCUACGCAACCUUCCUAUCCAAACAGAACGACAGUUCAAAGGAUUUUCCCAGAACCAGAAACUUUAAUCAAUCAUUGAAUUUGUUCUGUGAAAUUUUGAUAAAUGAAUCUUAUUCAUAUUUGCCGAUAAAUCUUUCUCAACAUAUAACCUCAGUGGAACCGUUAAGGUGGACCGAUAUUGGUGGAUAUCGUGAACUGAAGCUCAUAUUCAAAACUAUGAUACAGGAUCGUUUGGUUAGUGCUGCCAAACCCAAUAGCGUAGAUGCACUAGCGGACGCUGCUCUGCGUCUUCGUGUACCUCGUGGGAUAUUACUUCAUGGUCCUCCAGGUUGUUCCAAAACUAUGUUUGUGCGAGCUUUGGCUACUGAAUGUCAACUCCCGCUAAUCGCAGUUCAGGCAUCUAGAAUAUUUGGUCGUUAUGUUGGUGACAGUGAACGUAACAUGCGAAGAAUUCUUGUACAUGCUCGUGCUUCUGCUCCUGCUAUUUUAUUUAUUGAUGAAAUUGAUUUGUUGCUUCCUUCCCGAAAUUCAGGAGAAACAAGUGCAAGUGAACAUGUCUUAGGUGAAGUCCUAAUGGCUAUGGACGGAGUUGAAGGUCAAAAUGGACAAGUAAUUCUCGUAGCAGCAACUAACAGAAUGGAUAAUUUAGAUUCUGCAUUAAGUCGCGCUGGUCGUUUUGAUUUAGUCAUUGAAGUAUCACCACCUGAUGCAGAAGCUCGGACAGAUAUUCUACGUUUAGAAUUAUCAAAACGUGCACUAAAAGAUAAAUCAUUAUUAAAUUCUAAAUGGUUAAAUUUAUUCGCUACAAAUCAAUUGAAUAAUUAUACAGGAGCAGAAGUUGUCCAAGUAGUUCAACAUGCUGCUCAAAUUGCUCGUCAAGAUAAUUCUAAUCAAAUAUCUAAAAAACAUCUUCUACAUGCUCAAAUUCUUUUGCCUCCUCGUUCACUUUCAAAUUAUUUUUCUCAAAGAAAAAUAAUCAACAACCAGGUGACUAUGUCAACCAAUAAUAAUUUGUUACCAAUUCGUCAUAAAAUUUUAAUUUUUCCACUUUUAAUUCUAUGUAUUGCUAUUACUUUUCAACUGGUUUAUAUCAACAAUAUAUCUAAAGUUAUAUGAAAAGAUGUACUUUAUUUCUGAAGAUAUUCAUAGUGUUUGAUCAACUCAGAUGUUGUUUUCUUCCCUGUGAUUACAUGGGUAUCAUAUUCUCUUUUUUUAAUAUUUUGAAAUAUAUUUGUACAUUUUUAUUAUAGAACAAUAACGCUAUGAGAAUUCUGCCAUAUAUUCCUAUUAUCUACUACAAGUAUAGGAAAAUGACUUGUUCAUUCUUUUUUUUUACAAAAUUUUAUCUGUAUGGUUUGUCUGCAAUCAACUUAUUUUGAAGUCGAUCCUUUAGAGAGUGCUGCAAACAUGUACAUAUCAAUGAAUUAGCUACGUACAAGUAUAUAUCCAUUUCAGAAAGCGAUUGCAUUUUUAUUUGUGUUUAUGAAUUCUAAGUAUCUAUACAUUUCUCUGAGAGGAUAUGCAAAAAGAAAGAUGUUUAAUAGAAUAUACUCAUAACUUGACUCAAUUUUCUCACACGAGUAUAGUAAACCGUCACAUACUCCAGUUAGUGUUUAAGCCACCAGUUACUGGUAUAAGGAGAUUUUUGUGCUACCAUGUACCAAAAAUGACGUUGUAUGAAAGUAUAAUCAUAUGAAAUGCGCUCAAUUACGGAAUAACUAUUUUUCUAGACAUUGCCGGGAUUGGGAAUACAGAAAACUCAAAUCAUGCUACAGCAUGGUAUUUAGUUCAAUCCGCAAUCAGUAGACAUAUCGAUAUUUAAUUCGUUAAUGUACAUGAUAGUGGUGAAUCAGUCUCUUGUUCAUCCUAAUAAAAUCAAUUAGAAUGGAAAGACCAAUGCAUGACGGAGUCUGUGCGGGUUGUCCACCACAAUUCAUGUCAUCAAAUGAACUGAGACACUUGAAGUAAAGUCACUCCUUUCCGGAAGAAGGGUUGGUAAUUUCGUUUAGCUCACAUAACACAUCACCAAAAUAUCCUACUGAACUACAGAUCCAUUACAUUUCAAUCAUUUUGUUAUUUACUCUAAAAGCUCUUAAAACCAGAUUUAGAAACAAUCCAUAUAAUUGCUAUGAGAUGUAUUUUAUUUACUAAGUACAAGUUUAUGUACUAAACUUUUGGCCACACAAAUAGUUUGGUGAUUAGUGAUACUACCCAACUAUUGAACUGCAGUUUGUGAAACUACCUAAGAGAUGGGCGUUGAACUCUCUGACCACAAAGUCCCAUCUUCAGUUUAUACUCCACGAUUUCCUUUCGUAAAUAUAAAUGAAUAAUUUAUGUUUACUGCAUAAAAUUCAAGUGUUAUUAAUUCGCCAAUAAAUACAAAUUUAUUUUCUG